AUGUUCAUAAACUAAAGACGAUCUGUUAGUCUCGAAUCCAAGAAGCAUCUUACAAAUUCAACCUUUCGAACUACUUAGCUCUCAACUCCUAAAUAAGAUUUAAAUAUCUAUAAACCAUUUUCUCCAUCAAAAGAAGCUAAACUCUAAUUAUUUAGAAAAAUUUUUAAUGUGAAAAAACCAAAAACAAGCACUGUUAUGAAUUUUUAUGAUAUUGAUACGGUUAAACCAGUGGUAUGUUAAUCAGCAUAAUUGGAUAAAUAUGACUUUCCUAAUUGGUUAAAAGGAAGAACAGAUUUCAUUAAGCUUAGAAAAUCUAAAUAUUUCGAUUAUCAUUUGAAAGUCUUUUCAAUCUGUGAAUAAGAGUAUAAAUUCAUAAUAUAUAAAGUCCUUUCAAGAGAUCGGACGAACUUAAAGAAAUUGUUGCAAAUUAUUUAGUGAAGUUAGAUUUUUUUCGAUUAAUGCCAAUGCAAAUGUUGAAACAGAUAUCUGGAAGAUUAUUUGCAAAAUCUUAUGAGGAAAAUGAAAUAAUUUGUAAUAAAGGUGAUAAAGGAGAUUGCAUGUAUGUAAUAUUUGAGGGAAUUAUUGAAGUUGUUGGGAAAAAUAAAAAACUAGGACCAAAAAACAUUAUAGGCAGAAAUGCUUUAGACAAUGAUUAACCUAGAAAUGCAACUCUAAAAUCAAUUGGAGCAUCUCAUUUAUUAAUUUUAAAUCGUAUUGAUUAUGUUACAAUACUAAAUAAUAUUAUGAAAGCAGAAAGUGCAAAAUAGGAACAAUUUAUCAGAAGUCUUUAAUUAUUUGCUCAUUUUUCUGAAGAAAAAUUAAAAAAGUUUUGUAAUGCUCUUUAAGGCAAAUACUUAACUCCUAAUGAAAAUUUAUAUAGUGCAGGUGAUUUAGUUGAUCAUCUUUACAUUGUUAAACAUGGAGUUCUGGCAAAGACUGUCGUUAUGGAUUUAGAAGAUUAAAAUAGAUGGCCUAUUGUAAGUCUUUUUAUUUAAAUCUAGAAUUAAAAAAAAUGGAUGAGUCAGACUAUUACAAGAACUCUAUCAUUUAAUAUAGAAUAUAAAGCAGGAUAACUAGUUGGUUAUUAUGAUAUUUUAGAUUCAGAAUUUGAUUCAGAUAGAAAAAGAAAUGAAACAAUUGAUGCUAAAACAGAUUGUUUUUUGUUAUUCAUCUCCAAAUCUUAAUUCUUUCAUGGUAUAUUUGUUUUAUUUAUUUUUAGUUUUUCAAUCAACAGAUUUGCAAUAUUUUCAUAAUUACCAUGUUUAGAAUAAUCCUAUGACAUUUGAAUAGUUGGUUAAUAGCACCAGAUAAAAGGAAAGUGAACAAAAAUAAAAAGUUUAAAUAGUAACAGAUGCUAUUUAUUCUCAUUUAAGAUAAUAUUCAUUUGAUUAUAAUACUUUAAAGAUAAAAGAAAAAAAAUAUGAUUAAGUAAAAUAGAAUUAAGAAAAUGCUUCGAAAGAAUUCAAUAGUUAAUAUAAAAUUAUUAGAAGAGACAAACAUUAAAAAAUAUUAACUUCGCAAUAUGAAUGA